GGACCCUUAUUAAAAAUGUAUGAUUGGGGGGAUAGGCAACAUUACAUUGUCAUUGUUUACGGACGUGUUCGGUUGCAUAGCAUGUCUUUUGUCAGGGUCUCCAAAACGUCCUCUCACACGAAAAGGCGCUUUUGUCUGGAGCGCUCAAACUGAGUGCAUGUCUUAGGGAGGAGGAGGGAGAUACGAGGAAGGAAAGAAACCGCGAGGAACGUAGUGCAUGAAUAGACGACUAUACUCUUACACGCUCUCUGUCAUUGUAGUGUGGAACUGAGGGGUGCACAUCAUUUGGGGAUUUUUUGAGCAACGCAUUACUUAAAUAAAUGCGCUUUAUGGUUUCGGAGUUUUUUUGUACUGCUCCUUUUUACUACACUUUGGGUAACUUUAGACAAAGCAGCACGAAGGAGGGAAAUACAAAUAUGCUCGGACACUUUCAAAUUAUUCUAAACCCAUCUAGGCACUCCUUAAGUUUUUCUCUAUCGUCAUAUGGGAUGUAAUGACUUAGAAUAUAAUGAAAUACUGCUACAGCUACAUCUAAACGGAGCUUUUCCUAACUUCACUCUGGUUGUGUCAGCACCUAUCGCCCGGGGCAAGUGAAAGACAGUCUGCCACGCUUUUAUAAAAUAUGCGAACACCUUUAUUUUUAAGUCGAACUUAUCAAACUUUAGAAGAACUAAUGAAAGCCUAAAUACGUCAACUGCUGAAAAAAGCAAAGGACCUGAUGGACUGAUUCUAUUCUGGUCAACUCAGAGAAGUGCCUCAAGCAAGGUAAAUCGACUCGGCCACAUCCUACAUGUGAAUAGCAGUUUAUGUUGGGAGAUAUGUAAAGGAGUGUGAGGGACGGCGAUGGGAUUGGAGAGGCUGUGGCUUCUGGGUGUCACCACUGCUGUUGCCCUCUGUCUGCUGCGUACGUCCCAGGGUGUGGAGGCGGUGGUCCGAGCCAGGGUUGGGGGGACUGCAGAGCUCAGUUGCAGUCUUACCCCCCCUUCUACAGGAGCCACCACCCCAAACCUGUUCCCACUGCACGUGGUGGAGUGGGUUCGCCUGGGUUACAAUGUUCCCAUCCUCAUCAAAUUCGGAGUUUAUGCACCACGCGUGCAUCCCAACUACAAGGGCCGUGUGUCUCUGACCCAGGGGGCCUCGCUGCUGGUGGAGGGGCUGAGCCUGGAGGACGAGGGCUGGUUCGAGUGUCGCAUCCUACUCCUGGACCGCACCACAGACGAGUUCCGCAACGGCACCUGGACCUUCCUCUCCAUCACAGCCCCACCUGUGUUUAUCAAGACUCCACCUACCUUUGUAGAAGUCUUGCAAGGGGAUUCCCUGACCCUCAGCUGUGGUGCCCAUGGCAACCCUCGACCAACUGUUAUCUGGCAUAAAGAUGAGACCCCAAUUGAGAAACAUGAAAAGAUGGCGGUGCUCAAUGGCACCUUGUCUUUGGACACCGUCACCAGAGAGACAUCAGGAAUGUAUAAAUGUCAGGUGUCCAACUCGGAGGGGAAUCUGACCCAUACUACCCAGCUGCAGGUCAAAGGUCCUCCACUCAUCAUUAUCGCCCCAGAGGACACCACCCUCAACAUAUCCCAGGAUGCAGUUCUACAGUGCCAAGCUGAGGCCUAUCCCUCCAACCUCACCUAUGAGUGGUGGAAACAGGGACAGAAUGUCUACCAUAUCGAGUAUCUCAAGACACGUGUGAAGAUCCUAGUGGACGGCACACUCCUCAUCCCUAGUCUUGUCCCAGAGGACACUGGGAAUUACACCUGUAUACCAACCAAUGGGCUGAUGACCUCACCCUCUGCCUCAGCACACCUCAAAGUCAAACACCCUGCCAGGGUGGGCCGGAUGCCCAGGGAGACGUAUCUACCUACGGGCAUGGAAGGAGUCAUCUUCUGCCCAGUCCAGGCUGAGCCCCCCAUGAUCUUUGUUAACUGGACCAAAGAUGGGAACAACUUAAACCUUGACAAUUUCCCUGGCUGGUUGGUGAACGCCGAGGGCUCUGUGUUUAUAGCCACAGCUAAUGACAAUGCAGUGGGUAUGUACACCUGUACUGCCUAUAACAGCUACGGGACCAUGGGACAGUCUGAACCCACUAAGGUUAUCCUGCAGGACCCACCCUCAUUCUCGGUGUCCCCUCGUCCUGAGUACCUGCAGGAGGUGGGUGGGGAGCUGGUCAUCCCCUGUGAAGCUGAUGGAGACCCCUCUCCCAAUAUCACCUGGAGCAAGGUUGGUCCCAUUCCUCGCUCCCCAUACACUGUGCUGUCCAAUGGCUCCCUCUACUUGAAGCCUCUCAGCAAAGACCACCAAGGGGGCUGGGAGUGCCUUGCCACCAACCGUGUGGCCACCAUCGGCACUGCCACUGUUGUCUUGGUGCUGGGCACCAGCCCUCAUGCUGCCUCAUCUGUAUCUGUCAGUACUGGGAUGAACCAGGCCAAUGUGUCCUGGGAACCUGGCUUUGAUGGAGGAUACACACAGAAGUUCACUGUCUGGGUUAAGCAGGCUUCCAGGGGGAAACAUGAGUGGGGAUCUCUCUCCGUGCCCACUUCCAAGUCCCACCUGUUGGUGACAGGGCUGCUGGCUGGCACCAGCUACCAGUUCAGUGUCCUUUCUCAGAACAAACUGGGCUCCGGACCCUUCAGUGAAAUCACCUCUGUCAGGACGCAGGCCCUGCCAACAUAUCCACCGACAGUGGUGACCACUCAACCAACUCUCGACCCUCCCUUGUUCCUGUCAGCCAAUCGGACAGUGCUGGGGAUUGUCCUGCAGUGGUAUCCUCCUGAGUCUCAGGCCACACUCCUCACUGGGUAUGUCCUCCAGGCUCGACGGGACAGAGGCCAAUGGGUCAUUCUCAACAGUGCUGUGAAGGCCAACCAGAGUGAACUACUGGUGCAAGGAUUACUGAGGGACAGCAAUUACGAUCUGAGAUUGAUGGCUCGCAGUAACAAACUACUGAGUGAGCCCAGUGAGUCUGUCAAUGUGAACACCACAGGGAUGGAGAUGUACCCUGUCCGGCCAGGCUUCCUGGAGUUUGUCCCUGAGCCCCUAUUGGCUGGUGUGUUGGGCGGAGUGUGCUUCCUGUUCGUGGCCAUCAUCCUCUCCUUGGUGACAGCCUGUGUUAUGAGUCACAGAAGAGCCCAUCGGCGCAGGAAGAGGAGAGAUGAUCUCCCCUCUGCCUUCCAGAAGAGUCCUUCUCCAGAAGCUCGCUCGCCUUCUGACAGCCCCGACAGCGUCCUGAAGAUGAAGUUGUGUCCUCCCCUGUCUUUCUUCCCCAACUCCUCGUAUUCCCAGGCUGAUCGUUCCUCCUUCGAUAAAGGCAGCAGUGGAGAGUACCAGGACCAGCGCAGGCAGCUCCUGUCCAGCUCUUCUUCCCCACCACAUUACACCCUCUUUGAGAGCCACCUGGGGGGUAAGGCCCCCUCACCGUCUGCUCUGGAGUCCAUCUUAAGAGGCCCAGAUGGACGUUUCAUUGUCCAACCCCUGCCAGAGGCGUCUACUCUUUCUAACAUGAAGAAAAACGUGAAAACAGUCUUCCUACAAACCCAAACCAAUGGGGGAGGCAGCGGCACAGGGAGCAACCAGACAUCUUUCAGAGGCUCUCCAAAGUCCAGCAGUCUGAGCUCUGAGAGGGGAGAGAGAAAGGACUCCCCCCUGACAGUGGAGGUUACAGAACUCAGCAAGCCCCCUGCUUCCCCAGGUAGAGUGAGGGCAAUGGCCAGGAACUUCUCCCGUCAUGGCUGCUUCUACUCUGAUGACGAGCAGGGCUUCUCAGAAGCUCUGCUGGAGAGAGCCAGUUUCCACUCCGACAGGAGUGAGAAGAGAGCAUGUGACUCCCUGAAAAGAUACCGAUCUGGGCACCCAGAAGACAUCUUCCCCAGCCUGGGCAGGAGAGCCAGACUGCUGGAGAGGGACAGGCAUCACCAAGCAGACUACCAACCCAUGGAGAGAGAGAGCCAGCUGACCAAUGCCUGCACACUGGUCUCACAGAUUGACACAAGUGAACAAGAGCAGGAUAACCUCAGAAAGUGUCUGCAGCUGGCCAAAGAGAGGGAGAUGAGGGAGUUGGAUACCUAUACCGCCAGCCAGAGGGCAAGGGAGCGGGAGAAAGAGGAGAGACAGCCUGAAAAGGCAGCAAGCCCUAACAGGGAACUGGGCAGUUCAGGGGCUGAGGAUCCUAUAUGGAAGCCACAGGACAUUACCUUACGUCCCAAAGCCCACCGGGCAUCCGGGCAGACCCAUCAGCUGUCGGACUAUAGGAGGGCCUGCUACUUUGGGAACACCAGCAGCCCAAUGGACCGGCUCCCUUCCUCCUACAUCCAAUGGGACAUCAGCCCAGUCACCUCUAUCAACAGCCUUAUCCCAGUGCAGAGCCCCUUAGAGAGCACCACACCGAGGUCCCAAUAUCCUCACCAACGUCAUGCUGGGCCAGCCAUGGAGGACUCACUACCUGUGGACUGCUCACGCUGCCCAGUCACUCAAUGCACCUCUCCAUCUCUGCUCUCCCCUACCUCAGAAAGCCCACCUAUCAGUCAAGGAACAGCCAGAAACAUAGGCAGAGCCAGGUCAAGGAGUCCUGACAGAACUGUAGAAAGAGAGCAGGACAUGUAUCGUAGAAGGUCAAUGGUUGAGGAGGGCUGGAGGGAGACAAAGCAGCCAGGGGGAGGUGCCUUAAAGUCAAGAUUGUCCUUUGCUAAUGGUACACAGCAUCUGGAGCCAGAAGCUGAAAGAUCUAUUUCAGCAGAUCGAGUGAGGGCCACAAGUUCGGGCCAGCCUUACCCAGGCACUGCACCAUACAGUCUGUCUGAGAGAACAGAGACAAUAGAUGAUAGGGAGAGAUUAAAUCAGAGUCCCUCUGGUUACUCUACCUUGCCCUAUGAGCUCCACAAAGCAGGGGCCAAAGGGAAAGUGAGAGAUGAUCAAAUUGGGGAAGACCUUCAGAGUUCACUGUCAUACCCUGAGCAGGAGAGAGAGGGUGUCAGAGCACGCUCCAGAAGGAGUGAUAGGGCUCUUUUUAGUGACAGCCCCAGUCACAUUUCCCCCUUAACCCUUCUGGAAGAGUGUGAGAGCAAUCAGUCCCAGUUCUCUGUAGCCAGAGUAUCAGAGUCUUUCAAGAAUAAGCCGGCAACUCAGGCACUCAAAAUGUCCCCACUGCAGACAAGUGCGAUUCUGGAGUAUUUGAGCCUCCCAGGUUUCAUUGAGAUGAGUGUGGACAACCCUGGGGAUGAAUCUGAACUCACAGACACUGCUUGCAAAAGCGUAGAGCCACAGACAGAGACUUCUCUGGAAGGUAAGCCAGACGUGGUUCCAAAAAACUGGGAUGUUCAUGUGCAGGAGAACCUAGAGACAAGUUCAAGCCAAAAAACUGUUUCUUUUUUAGAAAACAGACACUUUGUUGGUCCAGCAGGAACUUCAAAGGCAACUGAGAAGCCCGACUAUAGAUACUCUCUGCAAGUGCAAGCAAGAGAUUCAAGCCACAGCGCUGGGAUUCCAGACAAGUCAAAAAAACUAUCACCCGGUUCAGAAUACACAGGGAAUUAUCGUUAUUAUGAGCAGUCACAAACACUUAUUAGUCAAAAGACCACAGGCUCAGAGAGACCACCAUCGAGAAUGGGUUUAUGUCCAGCCCAGACAUUGGUUGGUGCAGCUAAAAGCAUGGCAGAAGUUGUGUCAAAACACACUAAUACUUUUGCAGGGAAACCAGAGUCAGCUUCAGAACAAUCCCAAAGACUUCAUUCUCAGGGCAACAGGACUAAUAAAAUAGCCUCUAGGAUCUAUCAACCCCCUGCACCGUUCAUCAAGAAAUCUCUGAGCAUUGGCCCCUGCAGAACACUUUCAGGCAUGGGACAGCCUCGUCCAUUCCUAAAAAAGUCCAUCAGCUUAGGGUCACAGAAAUGGGAGCAUUUUGAAAGUCCAAGGACUUAUGUCUCAGAGAAAUGUUACUGGGAUGAGUUCCCAAACCCAGACGUCCGGGUCAAGUCGUAUAGUUUAGGAAGCACCCCUGCAUCCUCCUUCUCCAGACCAGGCCCCUUGUGGCGGGAAGGGGUCCCGUUUAGACAGCCGAGGGUAGGAAGCUUGGAGAAGCCUCUGUAUGCUGACAGAUCCUUGGAGAGGCCUCGGUAUGACAGACCCCUAGCCAGCUCUUCCUAUACCUACCUCAGCCCCUCCAUGUACCCAGCAAGACAACCCCCAGCCUCUGUUAGACGAGACUUAUCUGAUCCGUGUAGACAGGCCACUGCUUAUCCUGAUGCCUCCAGGUCGCCUAUCACAUAUCAGGAUGCUCUGAGGUCUGUACAGCACAGAAAUGUCUCUAUGAACUCCUCAAUACCCCAGUACCCACCCAGACUAGACCAGUACCCACCCAGACCAGACCAUUACACACCCAGACCAGGCAUGAGGGGGGACUACCCCAGACCGAUGGAGUCCAAGAGGGGCCCACCGAGGCCCGACCUGCCCCGGAUGUACAGCUGGCCCUCACACUACCAUGGUGGCCCUUUCCCAGCCAGAGAUGUAGAUAGUCAUAGAGAGGCAGAGAGAGGGACAGGGAAGGGGGCAGGGGCUGAGGCAGAGAUGAGAGACAACAGGGAAGGAGGGAGGGCCAGUUAUGCCAGUCAGAGCAGUGGGAGAGGUAGCAUUGGCCUCCUCCGUCAGUCCCUCUCUAUCACUCCCACCCUUCUCAGCUCCCCAGAGACAACAGAGGAAAGUGAGACACAGACACACAGAGCCGAGAUGGAUCUACGUGAGCAGAGAAAAAAAAGAAGGAACACAUCAGUAGAUGAGAGUUAUGAGUGGGAUUCUGCUGAUGUCUGUGUGGAUUUGGAAGUCCUGGAGGCCAUGAAGCCACAAGCAGGGGUAGGGAAGGGCAGGGGGGAGGGCAGGCAUGAUCAACCCCGUUCUGUGGCUGGCCUCCAGGACCUCUACAGGAAAGGCCUUCCUCCCUCAAUCAGUCCACCAGUUUCCAACCUACCUCACUGCCAAUACACUCGCUCCCUAAGUGAGGCACGCUUCAACGCACUCCGCCUGGAGUACCAGGAGUACAGGCGCUCUCAGGGAUCAUCCUGCCCCAGUGAUCCCUGCCUCCCCCCCGACACAGACUCUGACUCCAACUCAGCGCUGCUCUAACCGCCUGCCCACCCUGAUAUGUCAAAGAAAGCAACCAAAUAGUUUCUCAGAUGCCGAGAACGGACAGUACUGUGGUCCUGGAUAUAUGCC